AUGUCUCAAGAUCUAUUGGCCGAGUUUGGGGAUUUCACCCUUGAAGAUGAUACUACUCAAAAUUAUACCUCGACUCGAACACAGCCUUCUCCUUUGCAGUCAAACUACACUUCGAAUACACACCGAACGCAAAUCCACAAUACUCAGCCACCAAAUCAGGACGAUAAUCCGUGGGAUGAUGAUGAAGAUGAUUUUGGUGAUUUCGAGGAGCCAGAGCCAGAACCACAGCAGAACAUUCAAACAAAUCGGCAAAAGUCUCCCGCACCACCUGUAAAAGAGGUCAAGCCUGAUCCCAAGCCUGCUCCGAAACCUGCUUCAAAACCUGCCCCACCGCCUACAAAGAAGAGUUCGGGCCCUCCAGUCAUCUUGAAGAAAGCCACCAACGCCAGUCAACUAAAAAGCAAUCAUCCUUUCGCGGGACUUGCUGAUGUUCUAUUCGAUGCAGACGAGUACGAUGAGUUUGAAGAUGCAGAUGUCGUUGGUUCGUGGGGCGAUGAUGAUGAUGAUGAUUUUGGAGAUUUUGAGACUAGCGAGACACCGACUGUUAGCGACAAGGCAACAAAGCCAUCAAUACCAACGACCCAGUCGAGAACGGCCAGGCAACCACCAUCGAGUGAUGUAGACCUUUUAGGUCUGGAUGACUCAAUGGAGACAACAACUAGGACAACCCAAUCGUCAGGCCCGGCAAGGACACAAAAGGCGGCAGUUCCGACUCCCAAGGCUCCAACCACGCGCCCCACAGCUAUACCUCGUCAAGAGUCUCUGUUAUCAAACGACGAUGCUUGGGACGACUUCGAGACCUCGCAGCCUUCACAACCAUCACCACAAACCAAAACACCAGAAGAAGCUCCAGAGAUCCGAUUACCGGAAGACGUCUUGGGAGAUCUUACUGCUCUGCCUACAACCACGGGCGUGGCACCAUCCAACAUCCCGCCUCCUUCAGUCCUCUUGACAAUCUUUCCACCUGUCCUGACCUCCUUGGCCCACCAAUUCCUGCAUCCGCUAAGCAGUCUCCCGUCAUCUCAAAAAUCCCACUUCCUCUCCCUAACAGAAACAAAAACCUUCCUCGCCUCUUACGUAACUCUCACCCACAUCCUCGGCCACGUAAUCGCUGGCCGUAAGUGUCGCUGGAAGCGUGACAAACACCUGGCUCAGAGCAUGCGUAUUGGACCAGCCAUGUCAGGCCGCAGCGGCGGCAUGAAACUCACCGGCCUCGACAAAUCCGAAACCGGGCGUGAGGACACCGAAGUUCAAGUCGUACUAGCCGUAUGGCGCGAGCAAGCAGGCAGACUCAAGACGGCAGUCACAGGCGCUUCAAUGCAUGGAAGCAAACUCACUGUGCCAGAGUUGGGAGAUGCACUCCCCGUGCGCGUGGCCAAGGGAUCGGAGGGUGCUAUUACAAGUACGCAAGCAUGCGCGCUGUGUGGAUUGAAGCGAGAGGAGAGAGUGGCCAAAGUGGGCGUGGCGGUUGAAGACAGCUUUGGCGAGUUUUGGGUAGAAGGCACGAACAUGCACCGUUCCUGCCUGAGAUUCUGGGAGCUGUUCAAGACUCGCUUGAUGUCAAGAUGA